AUGAAGGUUUGGCUGUUGCUGGGCUUCCUGCUGGUGCAUCAAGCCCUGGACAAUGUGGCAGGCCAACACCCUCCAAAGAACAAGCGUCCAAAGGAACCAGGAGAGAACAGAAUCAAACCGAGCAACAAAAAAGUGAAGCCUAAAGUGCCUAAAAUAAAAGACAGGGACUCAGCUGAUUCAGCCCUGAAGACGCAGUCCAUCAUGAUGCAAGUGAUGGAGAAGGGUCACUUCCAGAGACCUGCAGCCACCUUGAGCCUGACGGCAGGGCAAGCCCUGGAGCUCCGCUGCAAAGGGAGCAAGAUUGAGUGGAGCUACCCUGCCUAUCUGGACACCUUCAAGGACUCGCGCCUCAGUGUCAAGCAGCAUGAGCGCUAUGGCCAGCUGACCCUGGUCAACUCCACCGCAGCCGACACUGGGGAGUUCAGCUGCUGGGGGCAGCUCUGCGACGGCGACAUCUGCAGGAGGGACGAGGCCAAGAAGGGCUCCACCUACAUCCUCUUCCCAGAGAAAGGAGAACUCUUUGUGCCUUCUUCCAGCUACUUCGAGGUUGUCUACCUGAACCCAGACAGGCAGGCUGUGGUUCCUUGUCGAGUGACUGUGCUGUCUGCCAAGGUCACGCUCCACAGUGAGUUCCCCGCCAAGGAGAUCCCAGCCAACGGGUCAGACAUUAUUUAUGACCUGAAGAGGGGCUUUGUGUAUCUGCAACCCCAUUCUGACCACCAAGGGGUGGUCUAUUGCAAGGCUGAAGCCGGAGGCAAGUCUCAGAUCUCCGUGAAGUACCAACUGCUCUAUGCGGAGGUUCCCAGCGGCCCUCCGUCGACCACCAUCCUGGCGUCAUCCAACAAAGUGAAAGGUGGGGACAACAUCAGUGUGCUCUGCACAGUGUUGGGGGAGCCUGACGUGGAGGUGGAAUUCAGGUGGAUCUUCCCAGGGCAGAAGGAUGAGAGGCCAGUGACAAUUCAAGACACCUGGAGGCUGGUUCACAGAGGCCUGGGCCACACCACCAGGAUCUCGCAGAGUGUCAUCACAGUGGAAGACUUCGAGACCAUUGAUGCAGGGUACUACAUCUGUACUGCUCAGAAUCCUCAAGGACAGACGACGGUGGCUACCACGGUUGAGUUUUCCUGA